CCCAUUUUGAUUUUUCUUUUUUUACUUUUUCCCUUCCCAAGAUGGACAUCAAGAGCAGAUCACGAGGCGAUCUCCCGAUGCGGUAAUAUGAUACGCGGAGCCGACCAAAGUACUCCGUCGGCUUUAACCAUUUUGGUGCUUCUCCUUUUCUUAUUCGUGAUUAUCCCCAUCUUUUUUGUCGGGAGCAAGAAUUGCAUCUUGUGCAAUUGCCUGUAUAGAAGCAUUUAAACCCGGACUGCUUCCUCUCGACUGAUUCAAGAAGAAAAGGUGGGUUCCAGGGGAUAAAACCCAACCGGCAUCAUGCGAUGGAUCAGGGAAUCGUUUGUACCCAACUGCCGAUCACGUGGGCUGACGCGGACGCGGUGCGGGCGUCGCCUUAAUCAUUUUGCCUUCGCUCUUCCUCCUUCCGGUUCCCUUUUUCGGUUUUUGCCUCUUUUUUCGCCCGCAUCCUCACUUUUUUAUCUUCACUCUCCCCCCUCUAUAUCUUCUCCUCUCCAUCCCCCCCCUCCUCCAUCUCCUUCUCCUUUCCCUUUCUACAAGAGGUCUCUUUGGGCGCUGCUGGACUUCUUCGUUCGCUCGUUUCCACGAGGAUCCGGCAACCCCCCAACCCCGCCGCCCGUUGAGCCAUGAACCAUCCUGCUACCACCACCCUUUUCACUCCCAACCCCAUGCGGCCCGAUCAUGAUCAAUGGGGUAGCACACCACAAUCUCCGAACAACCCCUCCCCGUCUGCCUCCAAAGCAGCCCUUAUCGCCAUUCACCAGCCGUCGGCAUCGUUGGAUCAAUCUACCCCGAUAGAGUCCCUUCCUUUCGCCGGCCGCGGGAGACAACUCAGCGUCCCCGAGCAAGUAUGCCUGGUCAAUCUGUGUGCGGCUGCCAUGAACGAUGAUGAUGCGCAUAACCAUCCGAAAUCUUUCUGGAUCAAGAUCUCCAACAAACUUGAAUUGCAGACUGGCCGCCGCUAUUCCUGGCAGUCAUGCCGCCGCCGGAUCCAAACCUACAUCUCCAAACGAAAGGCUCACUGGGAGGCGUAUGCGAACGGUGAUCCGUAUCCGGGCGUAGAUAUCGAUGCUGAAGUUUGGGACCUACUGACUUCUUGGUUGGCCAAAUACAACACACCUCGGGAUGUGACAGUCAAAGUGCCCCCUGAGGCCCCUGCUGCACUACCUACUCGAGUAGAACCCCCGCAGGUUCUGGAGCCCGUCCGGGUCGUGCCCGAGCAGGGGUUGGUACAGGUCUCGACGAAAAUCGAGCGGGUUUGGGUCUGGCUGGACAGUCUCCCGCACGUGGAGGAUAUGGAGUCCAUGAGAACAUGGACGGGGUAUGUCGAUGCUCUGGCGGACUGGAUGUCUCGCUCGAAAGUCCGGCGGGAGCGUCGAUUUGUCUUCCAGAAAACCAAAACUGGCGAAGAGCAGCCUGAGUUUGGUGCGGACGGAAAUCCGGACCCGGCUCUGGCUUAUCUUCCCCAACCACCUCAUCAGCCCUCUCUUGCGCUACACGAUCCCUUACCAGGGAACAAAAGGCCUCGCGAAAUCGACGAUUCCUUUGCUGAGCGUCCUGCCCAGCGUAUCCGUGUAGACCCUGGGAGCCACCCUUCCGGCACUCCUUAUGCCGAAGAACAGGUCGACAACGCUCACCUGAAAAGGAAGCUUGUCGAGUCUUACUUUGAAAGUACCUUCGGCAAAUUGAUUGACCGGUUAUCUGCUCGAUUCCGGGCCCAGGGUGCCAAACAGCAGGACGCCCCUGGGAGCUGCGAAGCGAUAAUGCGCGAUCUCUUCAAAGAUGUCGGAGUGGCGGUUGCAAAAGCGUUAGUCCGAAUGGAUGAGCCUGCAGUUCAAGAUCAAUACCCGAAAUGAUUCGAGCACAUAUUUCAGCAUUUAGCGAGUUUUUCUGCACAUUGAUUUUUACGCAUCUACUUAAUGCUUUAUGGGUGGUCCUGUCAUUUUUUGAGUUUGCAUUUUCUACUUGUGUGACUUGGAACGUUUGCUCUGCACGUUUGCAUCAUUUAUGUCUAUUCAUAUCUUCUUUGUUCUCAUGAGCAGCUGAUUGCCCUAGAGAUACCCUUUGCAUUUGGAGCCCGGAUGUCAUGUCUUAUGUCGGUUUAUUGUUUGAGGUUACCUUACUUGAGUGAGCAUAUUUGCAUCUUUGUUAUUUAUUGUUAUUGCACAUAUAGCAUACAUAGGAUGAAUAGAAUGGACAAAAAUUUGCUUUUUCUCUUUGA